AUGGAGGUAAAGAAAGGAAAGUCAAAUUUAAAGGUUCUAAUGAUAUGUUGUGGUGUUGUAGCACUGGUUCUGUUUAUCUCCUUUCUUGUUUCCAUAAUCUUGUUCUUCACAAUCCUCAAACCAACAAACCCGAAAGUUAUAACCCAUCCUACGACCCUCGAAAAUCUCCAAUACAGCUUAUUUCCUAAGGUAAGCAUAAAUGCAACAAUUGUGUUAAACGUGACUGUUAGCAAUCGUAAUCACGGUAGCUUCAAGUUUCAAAACUCGAUCGCGUAUGUUUAUUAUAGAGGCACUCUAAUAGUUGAGAUUCCUAUUGACCAUGCCAAGAUUUCAGCUCAAGGUAACUUUACCAUUACGGCGUAUGCUAAUGUGACUUCAGAGAAAAUGGUGACUAAUCCGAAUUUCUACAAUGAUAUCGGGUCAGGUUAUCUAAACUUCACUUCAAUGGCGACUUUGCGUGGAGAUGUAUGUGUUUUAGAGAUCUUAAAAAAGAGAGCAAAGGUUACGAACGUUUGUGACCAUUUUGUAGACAUCAUGACUAAGAAAGUUGAAUCGAUGUGUCAUGCAAAAGUAAAAAUUUAG